CAGCUCGAACUGAUUCCGUCUGAUUCGGAGCGUCGUAGUAAUAACUUGUUUGGUGGGCAGUACGCACGGCAGCGCCAGCGGAGAGCCAUUCCAGAACCAGUGCGAGUGCCAGUGCCAGUGGCAGUGCCAGUUCCAGCUCCAGUAAUUGUCCCAGUAACAGUCUAAUCCGCGUCCAGAUCGUGCCCAAAUCUAAUCGGUUCAGCAGGCCGUCCUGAAGAAAGAUAAUGCGUGGGCAGCCCCUGCCCGAUAUCUCCGCUAAUCGCAAGUCCAGCUGUCCCGCCUGGCGGCAAGUGGAUCAACCGGUGGCCACACCAGAUAAACAAAUAACUCCGCAACAGUUUCCGUAAGCCCGCACGGGGGGGCCUGCUCGCCAUAAUUGCCGCUGCUGUUUCGUCGGAGUGGCACGGAAAAGUAAGCCACACUUCGGAUACCUGAUAGUGGACACCAGAUACAGCUGCUCCAGGCGGAGGAGGGACGGCAGCAGGGGGCGGGCGCCUGGAAAACCAGCCUGGCCUCAUAGCUUCGAACGCAGCUCCAGCUGCGGCUCCAACCUCGGCGACUGCUCCACUUGAGCAACAACAACAACCAGGCACGACACAACGAUCGGGCGAACAAAAGAGAAUCGGAGGCAAAACAAAGAAGCAGCAGGCGAACAAAGAACAGAAAACAGAAAACACAAAACAAGUAAACAAGAAGGCAGAAGGCGGAUUGCGAGAGAGCGAGAACAACAGAAGAACGGGCAGAUACCAGAUACAAAACAAGCGCGUCGCAGCAUAGAUACAAAGAUACAAAGUACUGAGAUACAGAUACAUUGUAUACGUCCAGCAGAAGCAUCCGUCGGACCGUGCUGCCGAAAAUUCAAUUGAGUCCCACUCCCAGUGCAGUCGGCGUAAUCGACCGAAUUGUUAAUUAAGACGCCAAAUGUUUGGCAGUUUCGGAAAGAGCCAGGCAGAGUAGUAGCAGCCGGAGAGUGCGCCAGAGCGGUGCCGAUAAGGGGGAGAGUGAUAGCAGCGGUGGGGUGCAACUGGGCUGAGAGAGUGUGGGUGCGCGAGUGCGGUCCGCUUCCAUUUGUUGCGCUUCCCACGGAAACCGAACAGCCGAAAAUCAGCUGGCAGUGGCAGCCACCGCAGCCAAGUGCACGCGGAUCGCGCUCUCCACGCUUCGGAGUGAGGGAUCUCUCCCAGCUUUCCGCACCAGCGUCACGUUAUCAGUCAAUGGCACCUGUCUGCGUCUAGUUGAGGACAGAGUGCGGACGGGGGCAGGAGGCCUAUAGGACAACUACCAACAAGCUCGAGGGCUCUCUGUUACUACAUUUUCCAGCUCGUGUCAGAGGCAGAUUGCCAACCCCCCACAAAGCCCACAAUGCCAUGUGCCAGUGACCCCGAGGGGGCCUUGGAGCCCUCAGUCCCAGUAGUCUCUGCGGCCUAUGCGGCGCAGCCGCGAUCCAAAUCCAACACACUCGGCUCCCAGAGGAACGGGAUGGGCACGGGAACCUUCUCGUCAGCCUAUGGAGCUGGGGCUGAGAAGCCAACGGUGCUGCAGAUGAUUCUGGACGCCCUGGGUCUGCGCAAUCAGGCCCAGAACCGAGAGCCAACGUCCAAGGACAUUGGCACCCUGAUAAUGCUCGGAGUGAUGUUUCUGCUGUUUGUGAUCAGCGUGACCGGAUUCUUUGUCAUGUGGUUCACAGAAUACUACAACAACACCAUGCUGGAGAACCUGAUUCUCGCCGAGAACUCGGAUACGGCCAAUAGUUGGCUCGACCCGGAUCCCAAGUACGACACCCUUCUGAAGGCCCACAUCUUCGACUAUCCCAACAUUGAGGACUACCUGGCCGGACGGGCCGACAAGGUGCAAGUCCGAGACAUGGGACCCCUAACCUACCAAGAGCACACGGUCAAAGACGAGGUCUCCUUCAACAAGAACUUCACAGUGACAUUCAGGGACCGGAAGUCGUACAAGUUCCUGCCGGAGAAGUCCACCAUUGGGGAGCACGACGUGUUUAUGGUGCCCAACGUGCCGUUGAUCACGGCCGCCGGACAUGUGAAGCGAAUGCCGGCCAUUGAACGGCUCGUUUCGGGGGCGCUCAUCAACCAGUUUAGGGAGCCGCUCUUCAAAAAACUCACAGCUUCCGAGUUCCUGUGGGGAUACGAGGACAAAAUAAUCAAACUGAAGUCCCUGGGAAAGGGAAAGAGGCGCUUCGGUCUUCUGCAGAACCGCAACGGCACUAGCGUAGACUCCGUGCAACUGAACACAGGAGAGGAUGACAUCACCAAGUUCAGCAUCAUCACCCAGUUCAACGGGAUGCCCCAGCUGGACUACUGGGAGGGCGACGAGUGCAACCGCAUCGAUGGAUCGGAGCCGUCCAUGUUCUCACCGAAUCUGUUAAAGGAUCGCGAUACCGUCAACGUCUUUCUGCAGGUCCUGUGCCGCAAGGUGCCACUGAACUUCGAGAAGGAAGUCACCAUCUACAACGACAUCGAUGUGCUGCGCUACCGUACGCCCAUGGACGUAUUUGGCCACCCCUCGGUGAAUCCAGCCAACCAGUGCUACUGCCAAAACGCGGAGUACUGCCUGCCCAGCGGGGUGAUCAACGCCACCAAAUGUUACGGCGAUGCGCCGAUCUUUCCCUCAUUCCCUCACUUCUUCACUGGCGAUCCGGAGCUGUACAGUCUGUUCGAGGGCAUCAAUCCGGACCCCGAGCUGCACCAGACCUACGCCGAUAUACAUCCGCGCUUUGGGUUUCCCAUUAGCGGAGCAUCGCGUAUCCAGAUAAACAUAAUGUUGGACAAGACGCCCCUACUAAGAAACCAGGGCGCGCGACUGAAGAAUGCCACUAUUCUACCACUGAUCUGGAUCGAGAUCACCUCGGGCGACUUCUCGGAGGACGUGCUCCACACGCUUUACAUAAGCACGUUCGGCCUCGACGCCCUCCAGCUCUCCCUCAAGUAUGGCACCCUCCUAAUCUCGGUCACCACGUUCAGUCUCAUAGUAGCCGGAGUCUACUACCUGAACAGCCGGCGGGAGGAGAUACAUCUCCAGAAGAGCAAAUCCUGUGCCGAACUGGAGGCACUCAACGGCGGCGGAGGCAUCCUCCUUGUCCAGCACAUGAACCUGAUGCCCGCUCCCGUUCAGAUUCCCUCAGUGCAGGUGGGAAGGAGGCAAGAGCGUCCUGCGGACGCUGUUUGAAGCAAUAGUGCCAUUAGAUAGUAGUUAGGAGGGAGGGAAUGGGGGAAAGUUAUGAAAUUUCGAAUUUGCCAACGAUAAUCCUAAAAUAGUUUUUACUCCAAAACAAAGAGUCGCCAGUUACCUUUAGUCUGUAGUCUAUUUUUGUACAUAACUGUGUAAAAUUUUUAAUAAACUGUAUAGAAUUUAAAA